UGGUCAGAAGAUAUUUCAACUCUAACGCAGCAUGAUCGAAACAUACAGCCAACCUUCCUCCAGGUCUGUGGCCACUGGACCACCUGCUGCCAGCAUGAAAAUUUUUAUGUAUUUACUAACUGUUUUCCUUAUCACCCACAUGAUUGGGUCGGCACUUUUUGCUGUGUAUCUUCACAGAAGACUGGACAAGAUAGAAGAUGAAAUGAAGCUUCAUGAAGAUUUUAUGUUCAUGAAAAGGAUAUGGAAAUGUAACAAAGACGAAGGUGCUUUGUCCUUACUGAACUGUGGGGAAAUCAGAAGCCAGUUUGAAAGCCUCGUCAAGGAUAUAAUGCUAAACAACGGUGAGGGUGUGAAGAUAAAAGAGACCAAGUAUGAAAUGCAAAAAGGUGAUCAGGACCCACAAGUUGCAGCCCAUGUCAUCAGUGAGGCCAGUAGCAAAACAACAUCUGUUCUACAGUGGGCCCAGAAAGGAUACUACACCAUGAGCAGUGACUUGGUAACCCUGGAAAAUGGGAGACAACUGGCUAUUAAAAGACAAGGAUUCUAUUACAUCUAUGCCCAAGUCACCUUCUGUUCCAAUCGGGCCACUCCAACUCAAGCGCCAUUCAUAGCCAGCCUCUGCCUGAGAGCCCCCAGCAGAUCUGAGAGAAUCCUGCUCCGAGCUGCAAACACCCACAAUUCGGCCAAACCUUGCAGGGAACAAUCUGUUCAUUUGGGAGGAGUAUUCGAACUGCAACCAGGUUCUUCACUGUUUGUCAAUGUGACGGAUCCAAGUCUAGUAAGCCAUGGGAUUGGCUUCACAUCCUUUGGUUUACUCAAACUCUGAACAAUGUCUCCUCGCAAAGCUGCACUGGGCUGGUGCUGGUAGUCCUCACGAUACAGCCAAGCAGUUAAAACCACCCCUGUUGAACUGCCUAUUUAUAACCCCAGGAUCCUCCGGAUGGAGAACUAUUUAUUACACACCUCCAAAGCAUGUAGGGCUGCAGUAAAUGAAUUAUGGGGGUUGAAAGGGAGAGCAAGACAGGCCCUGUGCUGUCAGAACAUAAGUUCUGAUGCAGCAAGUUCACUGAAGCAGACACCCACAGUAUGCUCUGAAAAGACAAGGCCAUUGUGCACAGAAUGAAUUCGGAGUAGGUAACAGCUAAUCAGCCAAGUUUAGUUUUGUUUCUUUGCAUACAGAGCCUUGCGGUGGACAGUGUUUUUGACUUAUCAGCGGAGAUAUAGAAGGGAGAGAGGGAGCCUCAGUUCACACUCAGUUAUGGUUGAUUCUGGGGCCCUGAUGGAGGGGACAGGCUCUAGCAAAAUCUACUGCUGUGGAGAACUAAAAACCCCUGCUCCACCUCCCACCUGACACUCAUUAAUUUUCUCUCUCCCUACACACACACACACACACACACACACACACACAGACUCAAGCUGUUGCCAGUCAGUUAUCUUACUUCAACCCUGACCCAGUCUCUAGCUCUGUGGGGGGGUCGGGAAAGCAGAGAAAGCAGCUCUGAGCCUGCCCCCAUUUCCCCCACAAUGACUGUAUUUAAAAGAAAUCUGUCGUAUCUACCUUCAGUCUCCAUUGUUUCCAGAGCGAACUUAUGAUUAUCUUAUUUAUUUUUGAAUAAUAAAGAGCCCUUGAUCUUACUGCUGCUGUUGC